AUGGCAGUCAAAUGGACUGGUGGACAUUCGUCCUCUAUAUUGUGCUUGAACAUAAACACGGAAGGGCUGGUGGCUUCGGGUGCAGAGAGAGGCGAGCUCACACUCUGGGAUGGGGGAGGCGCUCCGGCAGGACAGCUCCAGCUCCCGAAGGCAGACGACGUGACCUCCGUGGUGUUCUCUCCCCGCUGCCCCACCAGGCUCUACACUUCCCAUGGAGAAGCUAUCAGUUUGCUGGAUGUCCGGUCCCUCAAGGAGCCCGUUGAACGCUUCCAUGUGAAUGAGGAGGAGAUCAACUGCCUCUCGGUGAACGAGACCGACAAUUUUUUGGCUGCGGCAGAUGACUCGGGGGCAAUAAAGAUUAUGGACUUGGAAAACAAGAAAGUCAGCCGGUCCUUGAGACACUCAAACAUCUGCUCCUCUGUUGUCUUUCGUCCUCAGAGGCCUCAAAGCCUUCUUUCCUGCGGACUGGACAUGCAGGUUAUGCUGUGGAACCUGCAGAAAGCCCGCCCCUUGUGGACCACAAACCUGCAGGAGUGCGAAAUGGAGGAAGAGAGUCCACAGUCAGCUGGCCAGUUCUUUAACCCACCGCUUGCACAUUCCCUGUCUGUCGCAUCGUGCGGCAACAUCUUCGGCUGUGGAGCUCAAGACGGUAAAGUCAGAAUAUUCAGAGUCACUGGUGUCAAGUUCGAACGUGAGCUGGAGUUUCAAGGUCACAGCUUGGGAGUAUCGCAGGUCCUCUUUAUGCCAGAAGCAUACUGGUUGUUGACUGGAGGAAAUGACGGGAAAGUCUUGCUCUGGGAUGUCAGCAGUGACGUCGGAAAGCAGCAGAAAAGUCCAGCAAAAUCUCUGCAGAGAAGGAAGGCGCAAGGACCUGCUUCCAGCAGAAAAGAUGGGAAGCUCAACAAAGGGGCUUCAAAUGAACAUGCUAGAGUUUUACCAAAGCUAACCAUUGAGCACAGAGAAAAGGUGAACUGGAUAUCGUGUGCGGAGAUCAAAGGCUCCAAGAGAGUAUUAGUUGCUGAUCAGAGUAGUUCUGUAUCUGUGUAUCCACUGCCAGAAUCUUAG